AAGGCUGCGAAUUUUAUAGUACUCCUCCUAGUCCUGAUCAGAAUUCGAUAGACUCAACUCUCCUUCGAUUCGAUUUCGUCAUCGUUCGUUCAAAGAUUGUAUUUUUCAGCAACCCUUUUGAGAAUUUCAAUCCGUUCGUCGUCGGAGGGUUCUAAUUCUCGUAUUCUUGAUUGACGAGGUUCCAGUUUCUUUUCCAGUGGAUCCAUGCAUGAGUUUUCAGACGGGAAAUGGCUUUAACCGGACCAACUCCGCCCAGAGGAAGUGCAGCUGCCGCCGCAAGCAUGCGGAGGCGUAGGACUGCGAGCGGUGGGCCCUCCGGAGGAGCAACUGGGACCAUGCUCCAGUUCUACACGGAUGAUGCUCCAGGACUGAAGAUUUCUCCAAAUGUCGUCCUUGUGAUGAGUAUUGGCUUCAUUGCAUUUGUCGCAAUUCUUCAUGUCAUGGGUAAGCUCUACUUUGUCCGUAGAUAGGCCCAGAAGGCUGAAGCAGCUGUUUAAAGGGGUCCAAGUGCUACGUUAUUAGUUCUAGUUCAUCUACGGAAUUAGCUAGUGGCAGUAGCUGUGAGUUGGAUUGUAAGAACCCAGAAAAGUUCCCCUAGUUACCGUCAAGGUUUUGAGAUACAUAGUUUUAGUUUCAAUUUGUCAUGGGGCAAGAUUCAGCCCCAACCGUGUAACUCCUGAGAAGUGUCUCUCAAUAGUAUGACAUUGAGGUUUUCUGUUUCUCUUUGUCCUGAAUUUUGUCUGUGAAUUAAAAAAUCUUUUGUGAUCA